AUGGCUCAAACAUACGAAGCUCCUCCGGCGGCCAUUAUCCCUGAUGGGUCGGCUGAUGAUACUGAUUCUUCUCUCGGAGAGGACAUUUCCUCGUCUACUGCAAGUAUCUCGAGCUCAAUCCUGAACUACCGUCGUGAGAAUGGUAGAACGUACCAUGCCUACAAGGAUGGGAAAUACGUUCUUCCUAACGACGAGGCAGAGAACGAAAGACUAGACCUCCAGCACAAUCUCUUCCUUCUCACUCUCGACGACAAACUCGGCCUCGCUCCACCAAAUGAUCCCGAUUCCAAAGUCAAACGUGUACUAGAUGUCGGUACGGGUACGGGAAUCUGGGCUGUUGACUACGCCGAUGAACACCCUGAGGCUCAGGUGAUCGGUGUUGAUCUAUCUCCCAUCCAGCCAGCUUUCGUUCCUCCUAAUCUCAGUUUCGUGAUUGAAGAUAUCGAAGACGACUGGACCUAUUCUCAACCAUUCGACUACAUACACAGCCGCUUCAUGUCCUCUGCUCUUGCAAGCUGGACCGACUUCCUCACCAAAUGCCACGCCAAUCUCGCACCAGGCGGCUACAUGGAAAUCCAAGAAGCAGACCUAAACAUGAAAUCCGACGACGAUACCCUCCAGCCGGACAACAUUAUGCUCAAAUCCCUACGUCUCCUAACAGAAGCUUCCAUCAAGUUCGGCCGUCCGUACCAAGAUAUUCCCCCUCUCGCUGAUAUCAUGAGAGAAGUUGGAUUUGUAGAUGUCGAGGUCAAGAUGUUCAAAUGGCCUAUCAACGGAUGGCCCAAGGACAAGAAGGCUAAGCUGUUGGGAGAGUGGUGUUAUGUCAAUAUGGCUAGUGGGUUGGAGGCGUUCAGUAUGGCUCCGAUGACGAGAGCUCAUGGAUGGACGCCUGAGGAGGUUACUCUGUUCUUGGUUGAUCAGAGAAAGGUAAUGGCAGACAAGAAUACUCAUGCUUAUUGGCCUAUCUACUCUAUUUAUGGAAGGAAAGCAUUGGAGUAG